GUCGCUCUGUUGGACAUAGAUAUCUGUGGGCCAUCAAUCCCUAAAAUGAUGGGUCUAGAAGGUGAACAGGUCCAUCAGAGUGGAUCUGGGUGGUCUCCAGUGUAUGUUGAAGAAAACUUGGGUGUCAUGUCAGUGGGGUUCCUGCUUAGUAGUCCUGAUGAUGCUGUCAUCUGGAGAGGACCAAAAAAAAAUGGGUUGAUCAAACAGUUUCUUCGAGACGUGGACUGGGGUGAGCUGGACUACCUGAUCGUGGACACGCCCCCAGGCACGUCAGACGAACACUUGUCGCUCGUGCAGUAUCUCAGUGCCGCUCACGUGGACGGUGCUGUUAUCAUCACCACCCCUCAGGAAGUGUCGCUUCAGGAUGUGCGGAAGGAGAUCAACUUCUGCCAGAAGGUGAAACUGCCAGUCAUAGGUGUUGUGGAAAACAUGAGCGGCUUUGUGUGUCCCAAGUGCAAGAAUGAAUCUCAGAUCUUUCCCCCGACUACUGGAGGUGCAGAGAAGAUGUGCCAGAACUUAAAUGUUCCCCUCCUGGGAAAAGUGCCUCUAGAUCCUCAAAUAGGAAAAAGUUGUGACAAGGGCCAGUCUUUCUUGUCUGAAGCACCUGAGUCUCCAGCAACAUCAUCUUACAGGAGUAUCAUUCAAAGAAUUCAGGAAUACUGUGAUCAACACCAUUUUCAAGAAGAAAAGAUUAUCUAAUUGAAGAAUAGAAUAAAAAUGUAGUUAAUGUUUUAUUAUAGAAAAGUAACUUAUGCCUUGAUUUAAUAGAAGGAAUGCAUUCUUUUUGUAUGUUGCCAAUAAAUUCUUAAUAUAAA